AUAUUAUUUUCCAGCUAGUAUGGGUGAUGAAGACAAAGCAGAGCCAAAAGUACGGCUGUCACAGCGGCGAAACAAAAUAAUAAUCACAAAAUGUAAGAAAACUUCACCACAGGCCAUACCAAAACCCACAGAAGAUUCCAGGAAAGUAAAUGGAGAAUUGAUUAAUGAAAACAAAAGUAAAGAUCUGGUAAGUAUUGAACCAGUUGAAGAUGAAACUCCAGAAGAGUUGGAUUCAAUCCCAACGUCCAGACCUGCAAAAAGAAAACAUACAGAUACUUUAGAGGAAGAUAUCAUCAUAAUAGAAAAUGACACUGCAAGAAAUGAAGAAGAAAUAGAUGAUGGAAGAGAUGGAAAAGAUGAAACAUCAUCAGUUGAGUUUAAAGGGUUUAAGAAAAGAAUACUAGCUCAAAUGGAGAAAUUGAAAGAUGACAAUACUAAUCAGGAUAAAAAUGACUCUAUCUCUGGUCCUGCACCAGGAGUUGCAAAACCUAACCUCAGGCCACGAAUAUCAAAGAUAAAUAAGGUAAAAAAGAAGACAACAGCAAAUGGCAAGAAAGGAAGUGAAGGAGACAGCGAUGAAAAUCAAGCAGUGUCUCAGGCUGAGUAUGCUCAGUAUCUUGGCCUGCAACCAACUAUGCAGUUCAAGUGUUACCGUUGUGAUGAGAAAGGAUUUCCAUCGAUGUUGGCUUUGAAUAUGCAUCAACGAGGAUGUGGAGAAGCUCAGAAGUCCAGCUUCAUUACAAAUCUUCAGUCUGAUACAAUGCCUCCCUCUGAUCCUAAUAUGAAUAUGAAUCCAAAUUUUAGAAUAACAAGAAAAGUUUAUCAAUGUUCUGCUUGUGGUACGUAUUACGAAAAUUGGCAUCUAUUUUUACACAUGCGAGAUGUACAUAAAAAACACAUUUGUUUGUUUUGCCUUACGAUGUUUGCAACUGCAGACAAACUUGCUGACCAUUUGAAAACUUCACAUAAAAUACAAGAGAGUACCUUUAAGUCAAGUGAAGAAUUUCAAAAUUCCUACAAAGGUGCAUGCUAUUUAAUUUGUUGUACGUGUGAAAAUAUGUUCAAUGAAAGAGAAGAUUAUUUUCACCAUCACUGCAUAGUAAAUGACCCAACAGCUAAAUGCACCCUUUGUGGAGUGAAGUGUGGCCACAACUACACUUGUCCAAAGAGUAAUACACCUAGGGCUCUAACUCAAAGCUUAGGUGUUGGUAGCCAUCCAACGUCUAUCAGUAAGGCACAGUCUGCAACUCUUACCAAAUACAACUUAGCAGUCUCUAAAAACAGUAAACCUGGACAACUAUGGAUGGGUAAGAAAACCAAGGCCCUUCAGUCAUCAGAUAAUAAUGAAUGGAUGGAUAAGAAAACCAAGACCCUUCAGUCAUCAGAUAAUGAUGAAGACUAUGAUAUAAGUCUUGCUGCCAGCUUUUGUCAUGUAGAUAUUGCUGAUGGUUCUGGGGAACGUGAUAAAAGUGGAACAGAAGAAAGUCCUAUUGUUAUAGGAGAUGACAGCCCAAUACCGAAUACUAAUUUAGCUAUUGAAGAAGAAAGAGAGCCUUCUGAGACGUUACAACAGAAUCGAGAAGAAAAUAAUUCAACUGAGACGGACAUUCAGCCUGCUGAAACUGAUCCAGAAACAACUGAACCUACUGUUGAGCAAGAAAAUCAGCAAGUAACUCCAAAGAAUAGUGAAGAAAAUGGAGAAGAAGAUUGUUCAUCUGAAACAGAAUCAGAAGACACUAAUAAUAAACCUAUAGAAGAGGAACAACCGAUACAAGACAGUAAUGUUGACAGUGAUAAGCCUAAUGAUGAAAUCGUGGAAAGAAACGUAUCAGAGGAGUUAAUAUCAAAAGAAUUGAGUGAUCAGAAAGAAAUGGAUCACAAUGAUAUAGAUGAAUCUUCAAAAGAGCAAGAACAGCUUGGUGAUAGUGAACUUAAAGAAGAUUCUAUUACCACUACAAUGGAUGUUGAUAAAACUUCCAAUGUUAAUGGUGACGUGUUACCAUCUCAAAAUAAUAAGGAUGCCUCUAUAUCAUCUGACUCAGAUGAUGAACCUGAAACUCAUUUAAGUGUUAAUAAAGAAGAUUCUGAUUCAUCUUUAGAUGAAAGUCAUGAUGAUGAUGAAGAAGAUGAUAAAAAGAAGACAGGCAGCAAUCUGUCAGUUGAUCUUGAUAAAGACAAUUUAUCUUCGGAUAGUGAUAAGUCUAUUUUGGAAGUGGAUGAAAAAUCCAAGGAGCUCUCAAAAGUCAACUUGGAAGACAAUAAAAACGACCCUGAUGAAGCUGUUUCAGAAGAAACAGAAGAAAAAAAUACAGUUUCUGAUGAAGGCUCAAAAGACUUUCAUAUUGAUACUGAUCCUCUAAUAGGCAAACAUAUAGAAAAUGACAAUGAAACAUUAAAUGAUGUAUUAGAAGAACCUCAUCUCCCGCCUCCAGAAGAAGUCAAUGAUGGGAUACCUCUUGCUGGGGAAGAUGUACCUGCUAUGGCUCUCACUUUAGAAGAUAAACUUGAAAAUACUAGUUCACAAUCUGUUGUCAAAGAAUGUAUUCGUACUUCUUGUUUAAACUGUGUGUAUUGUAGUCACGCAAUAAAAAUUGCUGUCAAUGGAAAACAGUUGGCAUUACAUCUUCUUGCUGAACAUAGGUACAAACCUAUAAAAAAUAAUGAAACUAGUCAAGACGUAAUAAAAAAACUUAAGAAUUCCCUGAAUGAAUUGGAGUCUGUAUUUUUCAACACCGACUCAUAUGAUAGUUCAGACAAAACUCUAAAUACUACUUAUGAUUACACUUAUGAAUGUUUUCAGUGUAGGUUUGUAACUAAAAUUCACAAAGAACUGAAUGUUCACAAAAGGAAAAUGCAUCAAAAAACAGUCUUACUUUGCGUUAUGUGUAAAGCUAAUUUCUAUAGCUAUAGUGAAUUGCUAUGUCAUAUGUGCCCUGGAAUUUAUGCAUUUGAUGAUAUCAAUUUCAGGUGUUGUUUUUGUAAUCUGGAUAUGAUUCCAUCAGCAUUUCGAUUGAUGGUUCAUUUGAGAAAAAGUCAUCAUACUUGUGAUAUAUGUCUGGAAGUAGCAGGAGAUCAACAAAAACUCUCAACACACAUGAGAAAGCACAAAUUAAAUCAUCUCUGUUAUAGAUGUGGAAUUUCUUAUUGUAAUAAGCCUGAUAUAACGGAGCAUUUGUUUUGGAAACACGGCACAGAAAGUGUAUUAUGUAAAAAGUGUUUACAGAAGAAAUGGCCUCAUGUAUAUCAUUUUUGCAUCCCUCCCACAGUGUUUAUUUGUGAAGAAUGUAAUGCCAGUUUUACAAAAGCAGUUGCUUUAAAAGUGCAUAAGAGGUUUCACGGUGGAGAGUUCCCAUAUUGUUGUAGCAAUUGUGAUAAAAGAUUUGUUUCAAAAAAGUUACUUUCUAAACACGAAGACGUACAUAAUCAAAUGUCUUCAGAGGAAAAAUCAUUUGUAAAUAAGGAUGAGUCAGAGGAUAGUGAAAGUAAGUCGGAUGUUGCUCCUGGGGCUAAAAUAAAGAGAAAGAAGAAAAAAGAUAGAGAUCGAAAGGAUAAGCCCAUUCUUGAUGUUUAUGAUCUUCCUCCCUUAAAUCUGUCAUCUGAGAGUGAUUCCUCUGAUGAAGAAAUAAAACCAGCAAGUUCAGAACAGGCAGAGGAAAAAAUGUUUACUGAACCGACGGUGGGUGAAGAACAGAUUGGUGUAAAUGAUGAGAAAAUUGGACCUAGUGCUCCAGAUAAUCCUGAAGAAUCUCCAGAAGAAAGCCUACCCCCUGUACCUAUCGUUGAUGGAGUAUGGGAUAACUUUCAGUCAUACAAAGCUGAACUUGAAAAGAGAGAAUGUAAGGAUCUAUCUCUACCCAAUAUAUUACCCUCUACUUCAACAGCUGAGCCUAAAACUUCACCUGAUAUAUUACGCUCUACUUCAACAACAGAACCUAAAACUCCACCUAAUAUAUUACCCUCUACUUCAACAACAGAACCUAAAACUCCACCUGAGCCAAUUGAGGAAGAUUUGUCUAAUUGGGCUCUUAUAGAUCACAGUUAUUGUCUAAUUCCUGGUAAAUCUAAGCAGGAUGAGAAUGAAGAAACAGAACCUCCUGCAACGCUUCCUCCAACAGUUGAACCUCCAACAGAGUCACUUUCAAGUAACAAAAAGAAACAGAAGUCACCCAAGAAGAAAAAACAAGUUACAAAUAGUUCAUCAUCAAGUUAUUAUAGCAGUGAUUCAGAUUCUUCCAAUUGCAGUUGCAGAUCAAACUGUAGUUGUUCAACAUCGGAAGGCAGACGAAGACUUGCAGCUAGAAAAGAGAAGAAAGAAAGGUUAAAACAUAAACAUCAUAAAGAAGGGCUGACUCCUACUCCUGAGGAACCUCCACCACCUCCUUCAGAUGAAGAUCUUGUUGUCGAUUCUCCUGCAGAAGCAGUUGAAUUACCAAUAAGAGAGUCAGAUUUAGACACAGAUGAGUCAUCUACUGAUGAAGAUUUCUAUGACAAGUAUCCUCAGAGCCAGGCCAAACAGCAGAUGGAGAAGAGAAACUUGAUGUUGUUGGCUAGUGUUGCACUUGUGAAUAAUGGAACGGUUUCUCCACCACCUCCAACACUGCCCCCACCUACUCCUGAGGAACCUCCACCACCUCCUUCAGAUGAAGAUCUUGUUGUCGAUUCUCCUGCAGAAGCAGUUGAAUUACCAAUAAGAGAGUCAGAUUUAGACACAGAUGAGUCAUCUACUGAUGAAGAUUUCUAUGACAAGUAUCCUCAGAGCCAGGCCAAACAGCAGAUGGAGAAGAGAAACUUGAUGUUGUUGGCUAGUGUUGCACUUGUGAAUAAUGGAACGGUUUCUCCACCACCUCCAACACUGCCCCCACCUACUCCUGAGGAACCUCCACCACCUCCUUCAGAUGAAGAUCUUGUUGUCGAUUCUCCUGCAGAAGCAGUUGAAUUACCAAUAAGAGAGUCAGAUUUAGACACAGAUGAGUCAUCUACUGAUGAAGAUUUCUAUGACAAGUAUCCUCAGAGCCAGGCCAAACAGCAGAUGGAGAAGAGAAACUUGAUGUUGUUGGCUAGUGUUGCACUUGUGAAUAAUGGAACGGUUUCUCCACCACCUCCAACACUGCCCCCACCGCCACCACCUCCACCAACACCACCACCACCAGCAGCUCCCACUGUUGAGGAAACAUCUCCUCCGCCACCUGUUAUUAGAAGAAAGGUUAAAAAUAAGAGAAGACGAAUAUCCCAACAAAGUAAAAAGUCUACAAGUAAAACCGGGUCACCACAUCAGCAGAUUAAACCUUCUACGUCAAUGAAUAUACCGAGUGCAACGUCUACUCCAGUUUCCUUGGUGUCAACAAACCAUCAUAAUCUGAUAACAAAAGUCGCUUCACCCCUCCGUACACCCAUCGCUACUUUACAGUCGGAUGCAACAGCAGGCAGUGGUUCUGAGAAUGAAAGUGCACGAUUCUCAAAGAGAAAACGUGUGCGCAACAAAUUCUGCGGUUACUCAAGUGAAGAAGAAGAACAAGAGAAGCCAAGUUUGAAAUGGAGAAAAGUAGAGACAGCCCCGUCGCCUCAACUUCCACCCUCCGGACUGAACUUCCAGCCAACCCUGUCGAUACAGAGGCCACAAGUUGCACCGUUACAGAUAAAAAGACCAAAACAGAGUGAAUCCAGUGAAAGUGACAAUUAAAUUCAUAAUUUCAUGAAGGAAACCCCAUUUAUGUAUAUAAUUUUGAGUAAAACGGUUCCAAAGCAGUUUGAAGAACCAUAAAAAUCAGUCAAUAUAGGUUUGCCAGCAUAUGAAAGUGGGUGGCCAGUUCUAGGGUUAAACAUUUGUAAAAUAACAGAAAUUGUAUUUUGUUACGUACAUACGUAAAAACAUUGAAUAUAACCUUAUGUAUGACCAUUAUCACUAUUCUCCUUCAAGUCUGCAAGUGCACUUUUUAGCACCCUUAAGGGAUUUGUGUCCCAGAAGGGUUUAUCCCCUUUACAUCUGGUACCAUCCUCCUUUUAUACCAUUGUUUACUGUUCAUUUAUAUUUUACUAAAGAAGUUUGAUCAUUUAUUAUCAAUACCAUAGCCUUUAGUAAACUGCAGAUUGUUCUUGAUUACCUUUAAUUUUAAUAAUUAUCUGUUUAUUUACUCUAUUAUAUUACCUAUAAAAAUAGUGAUGUUAUUGUUAAACGGUAGUGUAGCUAAGUAUGGACAACAAACAGCAUGUAACUGAUACCAAAGUGGCUGUUGCUCUGCCGUCAUAAAAUGUCGUUUGUGUUGUUCUAUUGUUAGUGUAUUUGUUCUUUCAAUUACCUACAGUAAUAAGAACGAUUUAUUGAAAUUAGCAUUUUUCCAACAAUAACAGUUUGUAAUUAACACGGUCAGUUUAAGACCAUAAAAACGUUGUGUAAUGUAAUCACCUUUUUUAUAGAAAAAAGUAAUGAGUUUUUUAAAGUGAACAAUUUUAAAACGACAAUUGAACAACAAAAUACAGCAGAGCGUUAAAAACAAUUUUAAGUGGUGGGAGAGUUCGUUUUAACUUUUUGUACAAAAUUAUGGCAAUACUGGUGUUUUUUUAGAUUGCUUGUUUCCCUAUGCAUUUCUGUGUCGUCCAAUUGUUAUCUAGGUAAUGUAAAUUCUAUUUUUUAACUGCCUAGUUACGGAAAUCAAGUUUACAAAAAAGCUUAGACUUAAAAAUGUAAAAUAAAUUGUGAGAAAUUAUCUGAACACACAGUACAAUUAUUGGUGUUGCAAUUUUUUAGUAAAGUUUUUUAGUUUACUCGGUGUUUUACUAGUUUGUUGAGAUCUCCCCUGGCUUGAGCUGAUUUCAGUAUACGCUGUUGUUGUGUGUACAUACAAAUCUGUUUGUAAAAUUGCGUGUACAAUAUAUAUAAAAUAUAGGUUUAGUUUUGUAUCUGUUCCAGUCUCGUAUUCUGUACCCAACCAAUAACCACCUUUUUUAUAUCAAGUUUGGUGUCUUGAUUAGCUUGUCUGUGAUGGCAGGGAAAGUUUGCCAUUGUAAAGUCUAAUUUAGUAUUUUUAACAUAAUACAAUAUAAAGGCUAGUAGUUAGACUGUACAUUUCAUUCUCUAAGAUAUUUUUAUGUAACAGUUUAACUUAUAUCGUUUUUGUCAUCGGCUCUAAAUAUUUUCUAUUUGUACAUUUUGUGAUUGUAUAUAAACCUCUAGCACAGGUCAUAACAGAAGAGUUCUUCA